ACUAACGCAAGUGUACGUAUUGCCAUUUCAAGUCAUCGGUAUUUGCGUAAUGGCUAGCGUUAUUCUAGUCUUUUUUGCGUUUGAAGGUUCUUUGUCCGACCAGUAUGUUCGCAUAGCAGCUACAGCCGUCAUGACGUCUGCUACGCUGCUAGGGUUUGCAAUCGGUGGACAAGGAAUUGAAGAUUUGUCAGAGGAAAUCUAUGAAGUUCUGAACGAAGUCGAGUGGUAUCACUGGAACUUAAAAAACAAAAAAAAUUACUUAUUUUUUCUGAUGAAUGCGAAGCGAAAGUUCAAGAUUAAGUACUCUGAAAACAUUUCGCUCAACUAUCAGCUGGGAUUAAAGGUUUUGAAAGCUAUUUUUUCUGCUAUGUCGGUCAUAUAUAAUUUACAGCAGAAGAAGGGUUCGUAAAUAGGGAAGGUGUAUGACAACAUA